UAGAAAUGAAUAUGGCGAUAACCAUUAGAAAUAUUAUGCUUAUAUGUAAUCGAGUAAUAGUUAAACAACAGACAUUGUUAGGUCGACCAUUUAUGUCAUCGUUUAAACUUUAUGAAAAUCGGAAAAAUGAAGAAACUCUGGAGGAAUCUGAAACCAUAAAGGACAUAGAUGUGGAGAAAAUAUUUAUUCAACCAAAGGUUCAAGAAAUCUUGAAAAGAAUAAGACACAUAAACAUGGAUAAGGUGUUUAGAACUGUUACAAAACCACUCUCACUUCCAAGAUACCAGUUUCUUACUGAGGAGGAGUUACAACAGCAAUUAGAAGAAGCUCGCCAGAAAGCAGAAAUAAAACUACAGAUGCCUCCAGUAUUAAAACCUAAACCUUCAGUCACAGAGAUUUUGUCAUAUGAUCCAGAGCUUCAGGGACUAGACAAUUUCAAGAUUGUUUUUACAGAUAUUACUUAUGGUAUAUCUGACAGACAAAGACUCAUUGUAGUGAGAGAUACAGAUGGCACAUUGCGAAAGGCCAAACGAGGAGAACGACAUAGGAUGAACCAGACAUAUUUCCCUCAGAAUGGUCGAAAACACAAACUGCCAAUUAUGUUCGAAGAUGAGCAUUUGGAUAAUCUACUGCAGAGAGAGAAGUAUGAAUUUGUACUAGAUAGAGCAUGUUUACAGUUUGAACCUGAUGAUCCAGACUAUAUUAAAAUCAUUGAAAAAACCUAUCAACACAUAGACACUACCAGAAGCUUUAAUGAACUAAGAUCGACCAGACAUUUUGGUUCAAUGGCAUUUUAUUUUGUGGUCGCAAGAAAGAUGGAUAACCUCUUGCUGGAUAUGAUACAGAGAAAACUAAUUUCAGAUGCUGCAGACCUGGUGAGGUUAUACUGUAUUGUUCAUCCUGAUUCAGAUACGGCGCAACAGAGUGUUUCUGAAGGAGAUGAUUUGGGCAUUGUCAAGGUGGGUAUAAACAAAGAGGUGUAUUCUAAUGUUCGUCCUGAUUCAGAUACGGCACAACAGAGUGUUUCUGAAGGAGAUGAUUUGGGCAUUGUCAAGAUUUUUUUGCAGUAUGAUUCUAGAAAAAAAGGGAAUUUAGAGUUAGCACUCCAAACUUAUGAAGAUAUGCAGAAACAGCGCCACAUUGUGGAAGAAGGAGUAAAGUCAGCUCAUGGUCAUACAUAACUGUUGUGAUUUUGCAUAUUAUGUAUUACUUCUUUUGUGUAAUUAGCUAAUAAAAUGUAUCUGUGUAACACAACUUUUCAAAUAAACUGUGGUACUGACUUUAUUAUUUCUUUAUUAGUUUGCAUUUAGGUGAAAUAUUUUUAUAAUUUUAUCAACUUAUUUAAAAAUAAUCAUAGAAACAUAGAUUGUUCAUCCUAUUAAACUCAUUUAGGGAUAGAAAUAAUGAAAUAAAAUUACAUUCGCUCGAGGGAAAGCUAUCAGGAGGAUUACAUUCCCUCAUGUAAAGUUGCAUUUCCUCAUGAAUUGUUUUUUUAUUUAAUCCAUGCAAUAUCUUCACUUUCAUUGGUCAUAACUAAAGGAAUAUGAAUGGACCAUGUAUUCUUGAUCUGGAAAGCCAGCUAAAAAGAUUAAAUUCCUCAAGCAAAGUUCAAUUCCCUGGGAAUUUAACGAAUGUAAUAUUUCGAUCUCUGCUUAUUGUAAGUGCAUGUGCUGUGUAUUACAUAUAUUUUUCUUAAUAAAUAUAAACUAAUUCUCUCUGACAGAAUAUUUCUUUUAAAGUUUGUUACAGAUAUCUUAGGUUAUAUUAAUCAAAACACACAUGGAAAACUUGGAAAUGUCUUAUGUACUGAUAAGGAUAUAAAAAUAAUUGAAUUUUAAUAAUUUGGUUAAGAAGAUAAAGUUUUUUACAGCAAAGUAAUAGCUUGAAUGGAGUAAAAGAAUCGUAAUUUAACCAUGUCAUGAUAUUCAUGUGAACCUAACAAAAAUGUAAAUUUAAUUUCUCCGGCUUCAAAACUUUUCUUGUUAAUUUAUUAGUGUAUAAUUUCGAAUUUUUAUUGUAAUUUAAGGAUUAUUUGCAUAAUAAUUUCUAGUUGGUAACAUUAAUUCACAACUGUUAACUUUAAGUGGAUUAUAUUUUACGUCACUUUGUAUCUAAAUAAAGAACUACAAUGUUUUAUUAUUUUAUAAAAGUACACAAUUGUUUAUGUGUUAUUCAGUAGUAACCGGAAAUAGCAUUUAAUAGCAACAUGUAUGUAUAUAUAUAUAUAUAUGUAAAAAUCUCUUUUACGUGUUGUUAUUUUCAGAGCUAAUAUAAAAGUCGGUAUUUAUUUU